UAGAGAAAACCCCAGCUUUGCUUGGAGAUCAAGCGCUAGGGUUUGGGGAACUUCGACGUGCAAGGAGGCUUUUCCGGCGGGAGGAGAGAAGAAGGUGGUGACGUUGGUGAGCGGUGGAAAAGAUAGCUGCUAUGCCAUGAUGCGUUGCAUCGAUUAUGGCCAUCAGAUCGUGGCGCUGGCUAAUCUGAUGCCGCUUGAUGACUCUGCUGAUGAAUUGGAUAGCUAUAUGUACCAAACUGUUUGGCACCAGAUUAUAAUCAGAUAUGCAGAAUGCAUGGGCCUUCCGUUGUUUUGGAGGCGGAUACGCGGAUUGACAAGGCAUUCCCAUCUAAAGUUAUUCAAUGACACCAGGGGAUGAUGUUGAAGAUAUGUUUAUUUUGCUAAGCGAAAUCAAACAAAAUUUUCCCUUUAUAAAUGCAGUUUCUUCUGAUGCCAUUGCCUCUGAUUAUCAGAGGUUUAGAGUGGAGAGCGUCUGCUCAAGAUUAGGCCAUGUUUCUCUGGCUUAUUUAUGGAAGCAAGAUCAAACUUUGCUUUUUGACGAAAUGAUAGAAAAGGGGAUUGUGGCCUUAAUAAUUAAGGUUGUUACAAUGGGUUUGGUUCCAGCUAAGCACUUGGGAAAAGAACUUGCAGAAUUGCAAUCUCAUCUUCUGCAAAUGAAAGAGGCAAGUGUGUGCAUGCUGAGCGUAGCUUCUGUUUUAUUUCACUCUUUUCACAGUAAGUUCCAUACCUGUGUUAGUUUAUCCAGGCACAACAAUUCUUGGUGGUUUCUGAGGAUAGUAGCUUUGCAAUUUAUGCACAUGAGGAUUCUUUUUCGAAUUAAAACCCACUGCUAUAUUCGUUUCAACCCACUAUUUAUUUUGGAGCUUAACCUUUCACAGCAUGAACAUCUUGAACAAGAAAGUUAGUUUUCAUUUCUCAUGACUUGGCU